AUGCGGCCGCAAGGGCGGAAGCUCGGUCUCUUUCUCGAAUGGCAGCCAAGGCGAGCAGACCUAGGAGCGGACUUCAACCCGGAGUGGUACAGCGGCACGAGCGUCGGCACGCCGGAUCCAAGGACGCCACAUAGCCACGUGGCCUCCCACGAAGCCGUCAAGCGCAUACCGCGCCCCGAGCAGCGCCCACAGAAAGCGGCCCCGCAGCGCCCAGCCGCGCCCUCAGCAGCGCCCACACAGCGCUCCCACCAGGAGCACGCACAGCGCGGCCACCGCGCCCUCAGCAGCGUCACCCGCGCCGCCAGCCGCGGUAUCAGCAGCGCAGACCCAGCAGCGUCCCGCGCCGCGCAGUGCCACCCACGUGGCCAUCAGGUGCCCACAGAGCGCUACCAACAGCGCCCAUCAGCAACGCCCCCCACGGGAUCUACAGGAGCGUCCACUUGGUCUUCACUAGCGCCUGCCGACAGCACCCACAGCGCCCUCAGCAGCGUUCAGCGCCCAUCGAUCGGCGAGCGCCAACCAGCAGCGCCAACAACAGCGCCGGACACGUGGUCACCAGCCACACAACGAGCGUCACCAGGAGCACGCAACGAGCGGCCCCGCGCCCUCAGCAGCGUUCAGCGCCCAUCGGGCGGCGUCUUUUGCACCAUCAGCAGCACCCACCGAGCGCCACCAGCAGCGCCCACAGCAGCGCCCAUAGCAGCGCCCAUCAGCAGCGCCCAACCGCGCCCUCAGCAGCGCCAAACGCGCCGGAUACGUGGUCACCCGCCACGCUACGAGCGCCACCAGGAGCGCCCAACGAUCAGCACCGCCGCUCACCAGCCGCACUCACCGAGCGCCAACGGGAGCGCCAGCCGCAACCACAUCGGUCAGCCAGUGCCGCACGUCAGCAGCAUCUGCCGUGCGCCCAGCGCCCAGUCACGCCACUAG